AUGGGGCGGGGUUUUGGCAGGGGAUCGAGGGUCGCGAUUGUGACUCAUGCGCAAUUGAAAACUGCGGGCAAAAAGACUCCACGUGGCCUUCGUGGGUCGAGACAGAAGAAGCGCAGGCGUUUUCAUCAGAAACAUGACGAGCAGAGGAAGUUAGAAGAAUCUCUGGGAAUGAAACCGACAAAUACUUCCAAGAGCGAGAAGCCUUUGUCCCAGCAGGUGGCAAGUAUCCAAUUUCCCCAUGUUGUGAAUAAACGACAAAAGGGCUUCAGGCAGCUAAGGCGACAGAUCGUGGAUAAAGUAAAGGACCUAAGGCGUAGGCACGCAGAGAAGAAAAAGAAGCAAGCAAUGAAGAGUACCAAUUUAUCUACGCAUUAA